UUAAAUUCCAAGCAUCAGCUGAUUUAUCAACUGAAGGAAAAACUGAAAACUGUUUCUGCUCAUUUUGACCAGUUGAUAGAAAGUUUUAAAAUAUUUCAUGUCAAUGUUAUUUUAAGAUCAUUUGAUUGCAAAGUAGUUGUCGGUCCAUAAAAUUGCAAAAAAUGUUGUGCUUGAGAAGUUUCUCGUUAGCUGGUCAGCUAUGCAGAAGUUCAGCAGUAACACCCUCAACUCUAAUGGCAUCCAGAUUCUUGAAAAUGAGAGUGGUGCCAUACCAGGAACCCCAGUCUGAAACCUACGACAAUAAGAAUGCCCGACUGAAUCGACCGCUAUCACCACAUCUGAGCAUUUACAAACCUCAGAUGCAGACUAUCCUGUCGGUAACACACAGAGGCACUGGAAUCGUCGCAUACGUCUACGCUCUGGGCUUGGCUGCCGGAUCCUUCUGUCCGUAUACGUACCCUGAGAUCGUGAAUAGUGUUGCAGCAUUUGGCAUUCCUGCUGCUGUAAUUUUCGCAUUCAAGUGGGGACUCGCUUUCCCAGUCACCUUCCAUACGUUCAACGGAAUCCGCCACUUGAACUGGGAUAUCGGUCGUUCCCUUUCCAUCAGUGGAGUCUUCAACACUGGCUACGCUGUGCUAAUCGCUACCGUUAUCAUAAACACAAUAAUUGCUAUGCUAUAAUUCGGCUUCAGUAUUAUUAGAAAAAGUGUAAGUGAAUUACUGUAUUAUUUUUGUUCUCCACCUAUUCAAGCAUGUCAACUAUCUUCUACUUACGGAAUUCAUUCAAAUUUGUGUAAUGUCUGUUUGAAAUAAAUGUUAUUUAUUGAA